GAGCGGACGAUUCUCCGUCUUCCUGUUCCACUCUCCGUGGCGUGUUGCCUCGCACGCCUCUUCCGACUGCUUCGGUCCCGGCUCUCGCGCCUCCAGGAGGGAGGCGGGAGGUUUCAGGCUCCGAGACGCCGUCGCCUGAGUAACAUGCUCACUGUGUUGCCCAGGCUGGCCUUGAACUCUUGGGGUGAAGUAAUCCUCUUGCUUCAGCCUCCCGUAUAGCUGGGACUACAGGAAUCUCUUGAAAGGGUCUUUGGGAUCCUGAGAGUCCCCAUACUACACUUUGAGCACUGCUGCUUUAAGACUGGGCUCAUAUACCUCUAAUCCUAGGACUUUGGGAGGCUGAGGUGGGAGAAUGGUUUGAGGCCAGGUGUUUGAGACCAGCUUGGCAACAUAGGAAGACUGCAUCUCUUCAAAAACUAAAAAAUGAGCCAGAUUAUCCUACUUUGGCUAUAGAGUUUUUUUUUUUUUUAAGAUUAAUUGCUAAACAUACACAAAGUGAUAAGGAGUAUCAUUCAUUAGAAUCAUCAUCAAUCAACUUGAAGAAAAGGUGAUAUAUUUUUUCUUUAAGGUGCCGUGUAAUGUGUUAAGAGCAUAUUAUAAGGAAUGGUUUUGUUUAAUUUUCAUGAGUUAUGGUGGCUGAAACAUCGAAUCUAUCUUGUGGGGCAAAAACUAAAUGGCAGCACAAAAGGAAAUCUAUAUUAAUAGAAUAUUUUAUUGAACAAAAGAGGUUAGAUAAGAACUGCAAACCAACAGACGCAGCAAACAAGGAAAGAAACGUGUUAGCCAUAAGACAUGUUUCAAGUGAAUCGAAGUCCAAUAACUGUAGACUUCAGAAGAAAAAAGUUUUCAAAAAUUUUAUCAAAACAGGUCACUGAUAAAUAACUCCUCCAGUAAUAGGGCUAGGCCUGAAACCAAAAUUAAACAGUUAACAAAACAGAUUGGACCUGAAUUAAAUUUCUUUUCAUUAAAAAACUUGUUAAAAAUAAUCAAAUUAGAAUUAAAUUUUUCUCAAAAUUUUAUUACCUUGUCCAAAGUAAAGCAAGUAUCUUUUAGCAUUCAUGCCAGCUUUUCUCAUGUUCUAGGAAAGACAGAAACCUUACUUGAAGCGAACUAGUAUUUUUGUUGAAAAUGUGUAUCAGCAGCAGUUAAAGUUGAUUUUUUCAGAUCUGCUCCUCAGUAAUAAUAAUAGCUAAUCAGCAUUCACCCCUACUAGGACACAAAAAUCCUCUUCAAAGCUAUUCAAAAAAGAAAGUUGUUACUCAGGAAUGAUGUCCAUUCAGGAGAAAUCAAAAGAGAAUUCCUCCAAAGUUGCUAAAAAAAGUGAAGAUAAGAAUUCAGAAACAGAAAUUCAGAUUUCUCAAAAGAAUCUAGCAAAAAAAUCAGGUCCAAAGGAAACUGUAAAAUCACAGGCCAAAUCUUCCCGUGAAAGUAAAAUAAAUCAGCCAGAAUUGGAAACACGCAUGAGUACAAGGUCAUUAAAGGCAGCAUCUACUGAUAAAGCUACUAAAUCCAUUAAUAAAAACACGGUGACUGUGAGGGGACAUUCACAACAAGAAUCUACAAAAAAGAAAUUAUCUCAGAAAAAAUUAGUACAUGAAAACUCUAAAGCAAAUGAACAGCUCAACCGGCGAUCACAAAGGCUACAACAAUUAACAGAGGUUUCAAAAAGGUCUUUACGCAGCAGAGAAAUUGAGGGUCAGGUUCCAGCAGUUAAGCAGAGUUUGCCACCAACGAAAAAAGAGCAGUGUAGCAGUACUCAGAGUAAAUCUAAUAAAACAAAUCAGAAACAUGUGAAGAGAAAACUACUGGAAGUAAAGUCUGACUCUAAAGAAGAUGAAAAUUUAGUAAUUAAUGAAGUAAAUUACCCCAAAGGGAAAAAACGCAAGGUAGAACUUCAGACAGCUUGUGCUUGUAGUUCUCACUGCAUACAAGGAUCUGAAAAGUGUCCUCAGAAGACUACUAGAAGAGAGGAAAUGAAACCUGUGCCUGUAACUUCUGAGGUAAAAAGAUCAAAAAUGGCUACUUCAGUGGUCUCGAAAAGAAAUGAGACGAAGAAAUCGGUUCAUACACAAGUAAAUACUAACACAACACUCCCAAAAAGUCCACAGCCAUCAGUGCCUGAACAAAGUGAUAAUGAACUGGAGCAAGCAGGAAAGAGCAAACGAGGUAGUAUUCUCCAGCUCUGUGAAGAAAUUGCUGGUGAAAUUGAGUCAGAUAAUGUAGAGGUAAAAAAGGAAUCUUCACAAAUGGAAAGUGUAAAGGAAGAAAAACCCACAGAAAUAAAAUUGGAAGAGACCAAUGGUGAAAGACAAAUACUUCAUCAGAAGGAAACAAAUCAGGAUGUGCAAUGUAAUCGUUUUUUCCCAAGUAGAAAAACAAAGCCUGUGAAAUGUAUGCUGAAUGGAAUAAACAGCUCAACCAAGAAGAACUCCAACUGGACUAAAAUUAAACUCUCAAAAUUUAACUCUGUGCAGCACAAUAAGUUGGACUCUCAAGUAUCCCCUAAAUUAGGCUUAUUACGAACCAGUUUUUCAUCACCAGCUUUAGAAAUGCAUCAUCCAGUGACUCAAAGUACACUUUUAGGGACAAGACUACAUGAUAGAAAUAUAAUUUAUCAGCAGGAAAAAAUGAAAGAACUUAAUUCUGAAGAAGUGAAAAGUAAUGAUAUUACAGUAGAAAUUAAUAAAACCACAGAAAGGGCUCCUGAAAAUUGUCAUUUGGCUAAUGAGAUAAAACAUUCUCCUGACCCACCAUUGGAUAAUCAGAUGAAACAUUCUUUUGAUUCCACAUCAAAUAAGAAUUUCAGCCAGUGUUUGGAAUCCAAGCUAGAAAACAAUUCAGUGGAAAAUGUUACUGCUGUUUCAACUCUGCUCAGUCAAGCAAAAAUUGAAACAAGAGAGAAUAAAUUUCCAGGUUCAGCUCCCCAACAGCACAGUAUUCUCAAUAACCAGACAUCUAAAAGCAGUGCUAGCAGGGAGACACCACGAAAUAAUUCUUUGCCUAAGUAUAAUUCCCAUUUGGAGAUAACAAUUCCAAAGGACUUGAAAUUAAAAGAAGCAGAGAAAACUGAUGAAAAACAGUUGAUUAUAGAUGCAGGACAAAAAAGAUUUGGAGCAGUUUCUUGUAAUGUUUGUGGAAUGCUGUAUACAGCUUCAAAUCCAGAAGAUGAAACACAGCAUCUGCUUUUCCACAACCAGUUUAUAAGUGCUGUAAAAUAUGUGGGCUGGAAGAAAGAAAGAAUUCUGGCUGAAUACCCUGAUGGCAGGAUAAUUAUGGUUCUUCCUGAAGACCCAAAGUAUGCCCUGAAAAAGGUUGACGAGAUUAGAGAGAUGGUUGACAAUGAUUUAGGUUUUCAACAGGCUCCACUAAUGUGCUAUUCCAGAACCAAAACACUUCUCUUCAUUUCUAAUGACAAAAAAGUAGUUGGCUGCCUAAUUGCGGAACAUAUCCAAUGGGGCUACAGAGUUAUAGAAGAGAAACUUCCAGUUAUCAGGUCAGAAGAAGAAAAAGUCAGAUUUGAAAGGCAAAAAGCGUGGUGCUGCUCAACAUUACCAGAGCCUGCAAUCUGUGGGAUCAGUCGAAUAUGGGUAUUCAGCAUGAUGCGUCGGAAGAAAAUUGCUUCUCGCAUGAUUGAAUGCCUAAGGAGUAACUUUAUAUAUGGCUCAUAUUUGAGUAAAGAAGAAAUUGCUUUCUCAGAUCCCACUCCUGAUGGAAAACUGUUUGCAACACAGUACUGUGGCACUGGUCAGUUUCUGGUAUAUAAUUUUAUUAAUGGACAGAAUAGCACGUAAAACAAAUUCUUGCCUACACCACUAGAGGACAUUUAUUGAAGAGAAUGGAUUGGUUGCUGACUUUAACCAGGAACUAGGGCCAUUUUUAUUACAAUGAACCUCAGGACUGGCAACAACCAUAUGGUUGUUCCAUUUUCAUAAAAUUGGAAACAAUGCAGUAAUAGCUUAUUGUUUUGUUUUUUAAAGAAGAUAUUUUAUUAUCUUUUACAGAAAUUUAUGAUUGAUGUAUUUUAUCUAUAGUUAUUUAGACAUGUUUACAUGCAGCAGAUAAUUGUUCAUAGUGGACUGAAAACUAAUGCAAGGACUAUGGUCUCAGUGAUAAGUAUAUUUUGAAGUUCUUAAUAUGGAAAUAUACCAGUGUAGCUUGGUACUGUAUUUUUUUAUAUUGAUCUGCUGAUACCAGUUAUAGGUUUAAAGAUUGUAUUUUUACAGAGUGGAAACCAGUUUUUUUGUUGUUGUUGCCCAGGCUGGAGUGCUAUGGCAUGAUCUUGGCUCACUGCAACCUCCACCACCCGGGUUCAAGCGAUUCUUGUGCCUCAGCCUCCCAAGUAGCUAGGAUUACAGGUGCCUGCCACCACACUAGGCUAAUUUUUGUAUUUUAGUAGAGAUAGGGUUUCACCGUGUUGGCCAGGCUGGUCUCAAACUCCUGACCUUAGGUGAUCCACCCGCCUUUGCCUCCCAGAGCGUUGGGAUUACAGGCAUGAGCCACCAUGACUGGCCAGAAACCAAUUUUUUUUAGUUAUUUUUGAAGUAGGGUGCAAUAUUAAGUGUUUUGGAAUUUGAAGCUAAGUUUGAAAAGGCCUGAACUAUACCCCUAUAGAAAAGGAAAGCUCCAGGUAAACAGGAAGAUUUGGAAUAUUGAGCAUUUUUUCCUGAUUUUGCUUUUUCCUAUCUUUGAUAGCAGGAAAUAGAAAGUGGUAAAGAAUUGAGGCUUUUCUUCUUAAAGAGCUGUAAAUGACAAGCAUUAGGAAAGGUACUCUCUAGAUUCAUUAUUCUUUCAUUCUGGUUUCACUUUUUAAAAUAAAUGGCAACUUGGCACACCUAGGCUGUUAACAAAUCUCAAAGAGGUUUAUAAAAACCUAUAAAAUACUUGGAAGUGAGGUAUGGAUGACUUGGUAUCUGCUUUGUUAUUCCUCAGAAAUACUGCACUGAGUAUAUGCCCUCAUUACUGGACUUCAUUUUGAUACUUGUCUAUCCUUCAUAGUGCCCUCUACUUUUAAAGGGUUUAUAUGUUGAAAACUGCUGUGGCCUUUUAUGACCUGUAUAUAAUGUAGAAUAAAAAUAAUAAAAUACUUGAUAGCUUUUUCUAAGUGAUCAAUGUACUAACUGAGA